GAGGUGUAAGUAAGAAUCGAGUGGAGUCGACUGUUCGCGAGCAACUGUAUUGGUUGUACUUGUGCUUACAUUAGUUCGAUGUGGGUUGGGAGUAGUACGUAGUGUAUCUGUGUCUUUUCAUAGGUUACCAUUUAUGGUAAUCUAAAUUGCAAGAAAGUAUUUUUGUGAUGUUUUAGAACUAGAUUGAAAACAACAUCUAUUAAGUAAGCACUGAAUACUAAAUUUUGUUUUCUUUUAUAUAAAUGGUAGUUUUGACAACUUGUUAUAGUUCUUUAAACGAUAUUACCUUAAACCAUAACUAUUACAAACCGACGAUAUCUCGAUAUAAGAAUAAAAAGUGAAUAACAAAAUUUUCAAGCCACAGACACGUCUUAUAUUUACACAGGAAAUUAUAACUACAAGUAGAAAGAUUAUAAAUCAAUGUUAUCGAAUUCGACGUAUAAGAAUAUACGGAAUGUUUGGAAAUUUAAGAUGGAUCAUAGCAAUAGUAACAGCAAUAUUGACUUUAAUAGUCACAGCAAAUUAUACACCUUCAGAAAGACUAACAGGAAUGAACCCUUGUAUCAGUAAACAAACGUGUCAUGAAUGUAUACAAACUCCACAUUGUGCUUGGUGUGCAGCUCCUAGAUUUUCUGAAAAGAGGUGUUUCCUUCCUAACAUAAACACUAAAAUACUUGUAACAUGUCCAGAGAAAUAUACAUGGAAUCCAGACAAUGUUUUUAGUAUGGUGAGACACCGCAAUUUAACCAAAGGAGGUUAUUCAGUCGGUAGUAAUGCUGGCAUGGAAAGUCAUGGUUCUUUUGAACAUAUUUCUUCUACAAAUUAUUCCAGCACAAGUUCUACACAUUUCCAUCAGGAAAGCUCGAGUAGUGGUAGUAGUAGUAGUAAAAGACAAGAUGCUGUGCAAAUGUGGCCCCAAGAAGUGAAUUUAAAACUUAGAAUUAAUGAAGCUUAUAGGAUGUCGUUUGCAUACUCUCAAGCCGAAGAUUAUCCAGUUGAUCUAUAUUAUCUCAUGGAUUUAAGUAAAUCUAUGGAAGAUGAUAAGAAAAAGUUAUCUGACUUAGGUCAGUUACUCGUAGAAAGUAUGAGUAAAAUCACAAGCAAUUUCCGUUUGGGUUUUGGUAGUUUCGUUGAUAAAGUAGUAAUGCCCUAUGUAAACACAAUGCCAAAAUUUCUUGUAGAGCCAUGCGAUGGAUGUGCAGCACCAUAUGGAUACAAAAACAUCAUGAGACUUUCACAAGAUACGAGACAUUUUGCUGGUUUAGUUAGAAAUGCCUCUGUUUCGGGUAAUUUAGAUGCUCCUGAAGGAGGAUUCGAUGCAAUUAUGCAAGCUAUUGUUUGUAGAAAUCAGAUUGGUUGGCGAGAAAAAGCUCGUAGAUUGUUGGUAUUUUCAACAGAUGCUGGAUUUCAUUAUGCUGGUGAUGGCAAAUUAGGUGGUAUUGUGAAACCAAAUGAUGGAAUGUGUCAUCUAGAUUAUAAUGGUCUUUAUACUCAUUCUUCGCUUCAAGAUUAUCCAAGCAUAUCGCAAAUUAAUUUAAAAGUUAAACAAAAUGCUAUUAACAUUAUAUGGGCAGUUACUGAAGAACAAAUCAAUGUAUACAAAAAAUUAACAAAACAUGUAGAGGGAUCAUUUGCAGGAAAACUGUCAGAUGAUUCAAGUAAUGUUGUGGAAUUGAUUCGAGAACAAUACAAUGCUAUUUCUAGUUCAGUAGAAAUGAAAGAUACUGCCAGUAGUGCUGUGAAAGUAAAAUAUUUUUCAAGUUGUUUAGGCUCAGGACCAACUAUUGAAACUUCAAAGUGUGAUGGAUUGAAAGUUGGUACAAAGGUAGAAUUUAUUGCUGAAAUUGAAGUCACUAGUUGUCCCACUAACCGGUCUGAAUGGAAACAGAAAUUUGAUAUUUAUCCAGUUGGUAUUAAUGAAACAUUAACAGUUAAUUUAGAAAUGUUAUGUGAUUGUGAAUGUGAACGAGAUGGUCCUAUGUAUGAGCCAAAAUCUCCUGAAUGUAAUGGUGUUGGUACAUUGAAUUGUGGUGUCUGUGAUUGUUAUGAUGGAUUCUUUGGAAAACGUUGUGAGUGUAGUCCGCAUCAAGAAAUGAGUGGAUUUGAUAAGCAUUUUCAAUCUUGUAGACCAGAUAAUACAUCUCUAGUAGACUGUUCAGGAAGAGGUACUUGUGCAUGUGGCCAAUGUGAGUGUGAAGAAAGAGAGAAUCCUGAAGAAAUAAUAUCAGGUCGUUUUUGCGAGUGUGACAAUUUCUCGUGCGAUCGUGAUCAAGGAUUUCUUUGUUCAAAUCAUGGAACUUGUGAAUGUGGACAAUGUGUUUGUAAUGCUGGUUGGUCUGGACCAUCUUGUAGUUGUAGAUCUUCAAAUGAUUCUUGCAUAGCACCAGGAACUAAUAAUGGUAUACUCUGUUCAGGACAUGGUGAUUGUAUUUGUGGUGAAUGUAUUUGUCAUGAAGAAGGUAACACAAGAUACUCUGGUAAAUAUUGUAACAAAUGCCCAACAUGUCCAAGUAGAUGCGAAGAACUUAAAAGUUGUGUACAAUGUCAGAUGUAUAAAACUGGAAAUUAUAGCAAUUCAGAAGAAUGUGUUAAAAAUUGCAGAGAAUUUGUACCCGAAGCUGUAGAAAAUGUUAUAGGCGAUGUUGAUAAUGAUGAAGUUAUGUGUUAUGGAACAGAUGAAGAUGACUGCAAGUACAAUUUCGUUUAUUAUUAUAACGAAACAAAUUGUUUGAAAGUACGUGCACAGGCAGAGAGAGAAUGUCCACCCCGAGUGAAUAUGCUUGGAAUAGUAUUAGGAGUCAUAGCUGCAAUAGUUCUAAUUGGUUUAGCUUUAUUGUUAUUAUGGAAAUUACUAACAACGAUACAUGAUAGAAGAGAAUUUGCAAGAUUUGAAAAAGAAAGAAUGUUGGCUAAAUGGGAUACGGGCGAAAAUCCUAUUUAUAAACAAGCAACGUCUACUUUCAAAAAUCCAACAUACGCUGGAAAAUAAAAUUAUCUAGAUUCCAUGACAUGGCGAUGAAUUACAAGUGUUCAUAAUAUUAUUUUGUUAGCAUUUAUAUAUAGAAGAAUGUUAUUAUGCAAUAUUCGAACCUGCCUUAAUAUUAUAUUAGUUCAUUUCAUAAGUCAAAACAUAUAAUUAAUUUAAUAUUCAAUUACAUUAAAAUAGUCAUUAAGUUUACGUAUAAUAUUGCCAUAAUACAUACGUUAUGAGUGUGUACAAAUUUUAUAUAUGACUUUGUGCGUGAAAGAGAGUGCGUGUAACUGUAUGCUAUUGCAUACAUAAAUGACUUAAAGUUUGUAUAAAAUAGAAAGUUAUAUAUAUAUAUAUAUAUAUAUAUAUAUAUAUAUAUAUAUAUGCGUAGAUUGAUAGUUAUAUGCAAAUAUUGAAACUCAAGUCGCUUUACAAUAUUAAUUUUAAUAAUAACUUUUACAUCAAAGUGCCUUUUAUGGUACGUUUUGAAAAUUAGUAAUACUAAAAUUGAUCUUUUAUGAUAACAAGGAUACUUAUAAAAGAUACUGAUGCUAUUAUGUAUAAUUUGUAUAUUUAAUAAUUUAGAAUCUCUUUAUUAACAUGGAGAAACAUCUAGACACUCCUGAAGUCCAGUGCUAACUAUGCAAGAUGAGUAAACUUUUAGAUACUCUUGACAAAGAAUUAAACAAUGCCUUGUAUUAUAAGUUUUAUCAUGGAAACAAUACAGACAUCUUUGUAUUGAGAAAUCAAUGUAAAACCAUAUGAAAUAAUAAAAGACUAUAACAAACAGAAA